UUGUGGUUUUUGCAGAAAAUGUAUCCAGGGAAUCCAGUGGCCGUGCAGCCGAUGGCUGUCACCCAGACUGUUAUGAUGGCCCAGGGUGGCCAGUGGAGCACAGGGAUCUGUGAUUGCUGUGAUGACUGCAGUAUCUGUUGCUGUGCAUUCUGGUGCUUCCCCUGCUUCCAGUGUAAGACGUCUGAUGAUUUUGGGGAGUGCUUGUGUCUUCCUCUAUUGGAGGCUGGAUGCCUUGGAUACACUGGGAUUAGCGGUUCCACUCCUUGUAUCUCUCUGUCUAUGCGAGCAGCAGCCCGUGAGAGAUACCGGAUUCAUGGAUCGAUUUGUAACGACUGCUGUUUGGUGUGCUGGUGCUAUCAGUGCUCAUGGUGCCAGAUUGCCCGUGAAAUUAAAAAGCGCAAACAACCCUUCACCCUGGUAACGGCACAGACUACGGCCGUGGGGAUGCCAGCCUAUAAUCCGCAGUUCAACCAGUUUAAUGUCAAUCCCCCCAAUCCACCCCAGUAUUAACCACUUAGUGGACCUCUUGUUACCCCUAUAAUCCCACCAGACAUACCCCAUUCCAGGUGGGGCUGUCAUCCUGCACUUCCGAUAAAAUCCAAAAUGUAACAUUAAUAAUAGAUCAUUUGUAUUGUCAUAAUAUGUGUGAAAUAA